AUGAACAUCAGCCUGUCGGCGCAGGCCUUCGACACUCUGGCCGGCGUCACACAGCAGAAUGUAACAGACUUCGGGCUCGCGGUGUUGACGAGGAGGGUCGGAAUCGCUGGCUUUACUGUCCUGGCGUGGGACCACAUGUUGACCUUUGAGGACGAGGUCAAUCUGAUCUGGCUGUACCUUCCUCGGAUUCAUCUCAAGGAUUACCGCAAGAUCGCAUUCGCUGCACUAUUCUUUCUCAACAGAUACUUCAUCCCGCUCAGUUUUCUAGUUAACAUCGUGGCUUAUUUUGGGCAUUUUUGGACUACGGAGUCGUGCUUUGUCGUGUUCGAGGGGGUCAUGACUAUGCUGGGCAUAGUGAUCGCGGAUCUCAUGAUGCUUGGUCGGGUCGAAGCACUUUGGCGCAGUUCACGAUAUUACUGGGUCGCUGUCGGCAUACUGCUCACUGAGUUUAUCGCGUUCGUGGCCAUAAACUGGUGGCUUCUCUUUCAUCCGUAUCCGGAGAUCAAUGACGGUCGACCUCUCGGUCAGGAUGUCGUCUCAUGCACAAUGAUCUUCGACCCGCGGUAUGACAAGAUUGCGCCAGCCUCAGCGUGGUUACCGCUCCUCUACGAUACCACCGUCAUCGCACUUGUGAUUGCGCGUACCCUGCCACGGAGCAAGCGGAAGGUCACAUUUGCUACAAUCGGUACUGAGAUGCUCCGGGAAGGCAUCGUGUACUAUAGUGUCGUCUUCGCCGUGACAUUCGCCCUUACGCUUAUGAUCGCCUUUGCCGAUCCCGGGAUCAAGAACAUCUGCGCCCAACUCGAACUGUGCCUCACAUCCGUCAUGAUGUCCCGUAUCACGCUCGCGUUGAAGAACCACCUCAUCGGUUUCAACGAGACAGACAAGCAAGCGCGAUACUCGAAUCCGCCGCUCGAGUGGGGAGUCAUCACGCGGCCACAACGCAUCGCUCUAGCCCGGGGUCGCGUGCAUUACGUCGAGCGCACAUCGUCCAACACAGGUGGUAUGCUCACCGUCGUCUCUCAUCCCGCCGGGAGACCGGAAGGUGGAAAGAAGAGCGUGACUAUUCUUGGCGAAGAUCGGGACGAGGAUAGGAUCGAGAUGGUGGAUAUGCUGGAUAAGGAUGUGCAGGGUCAGGGACUAGAGGAGUUCAAAGCGGCGUGA